AUGUGUCUCGACGAUGAACCGCCUUGGACAGUUCAGGAAGAUGAAAAUGUCUCCGUGGAAGAUGACGCAAGCGGUCAAAGAGAUGAUGUAGACUCUGCAUUCAGCGACGACGCCCAGACAGUUCUGAGCACUUCACUACGAUCAUCCAUAUACAACCACCGAUACGAGAACGGACGGACAUACCACGCAUUUCGAGACGGUGAAUAUCCCAUUCCCAAUGAUGAAGAAGAACAAAGUCGGCUUGACCUUCUGCAUCAUCUCUUCAAAAUGGUACUCGGUGGAGAGUUGUAUACGGCGCCAUUACCGAGGGAUCCUCAUCGUGUACUGGAUCUCGGUACCGGAACUGGAAUUUGGGCCAUUGAAAUGGCCGAUCGAUUCCCGAUGGCCAUAGUGGUUGGCACUGAUUUAUCCCCCAUUCAGCCCGUCUGGGUUCCUCCGAAUGUUCAAUUUUACAUCGACGACGCCGAAAGUGACUGGGCUUUUUCGGAAUCGGAGAAAUUCGACUUUAUUCACGGUCGUGCUUUAUGUGGGGGAAUUGCGGACUGGCCCAGGUUUUAUGCCCAAGCAUAUGAAAAUCUGAGGCCAGGUGGAUGGAUGGAAAUGCAAGAUCAUGAAUGUUGGCUCAACAGUGAUGACGGGGGCAUGGAUCGAGCGCCGGCUUGUUCAGAAUGGAUCCAUGAAGUGGACAGAGCAAGUACCAUGUUCGGAAAGCGACUCAAUGUCGCACAUCUUCACCGACAAUGGAUGAUUGAUGCUGGAUUUCAAAAUGUCUCGGAAAUGAUUCGAAAGAUCCCCAUAGGAGCCUGGGCGAAGGAUCCCAAGUUGAAAGAAGUUGGCAAACUCAUGAGAGUGCAAAUGAUUCAAUCAAUUCCCUCCUUCAUGCUUGCCUAUUACACCAGAAUUUUGGGCUACAGCAUGGAUCGGACACAAAUCACUAUGGCAUUGGUGAAAAGAGAAUUUCAGGAUCGGAGUCUGCAUUUAUAUUUACGAUGGCAUUUUGUUUGUGGUCGGAAACCGGAAUAG